AAGAAAAGUGUGACGAAAAAGAGUUAAUUAAAACCUUGAAAAUCAUGUUGAGUUUUCAUUUCAUUAACCAAAAAGAAAAAGUGUUGGAAAGGAAGCAUCAAUGGCAUCGUUAAGCAAAAAAUCAAUCUUCAACCUCUCUAAAGCCUUCCCACAUCGAGCCUCCACUGUCUUCAUCGGUCGUCAAAUAUGGAAGGGAGGAUAUGUUGCUGCAACAGAGGAGCCAUCGGAAAAACAGAGCAGGAAGCUGUACGGGACCGAUAGUGAUGAAACGGGUGGUAAAGUAUCUGAAAUGGCUGAUAAAGCGAAGGAGGUGAAGGAUAAAGCUACUAAAACAACUCAAGAUGCGUGGAAAGCUAUCGAGGAUACUGCUGAAGAGUUGAAAGAAAAAGUGGUGGGAAAUAUAGAUCCAGAGAAUGUUCAAGAGGAAACUGUGGUGGAAGAUGAGAAAGAGCUUAAGAAGAAAUUGGCUAAAGAAGCAGGAGGAAAGCCUGUGGAUGAAGAUAAAGGCUUGAAUGUCAAUUGGAGACCCAUUGUUGAGAAGAAACCACAACCCUCUUGAAAAUGAUCGUUUUCUCUUUUAGCUUUUUUAUUUGUAGUUUUGACUAGUUAAGUACCAUGGACUUAAUUAGUAGCUAGCUAGCUUUACUUUUGCAAACCACUAUGCCUUAGUAUGAAUGAUAGCCAGAAUAAGUUUCACACAAUAUUCAAAUCUCAAGACAGUGUCAUGCACAAUUGUAAAGCCCGAGUGGAGGGUUUUAGCUCUUUUUUUAAAAAUAAAAAAACAAAAAAAUAAUAAUAAAAUAAUAUAUAUAUAUAUAUAUAUUUGAUGUA